AUGUAUCGAAAUGAUUGUCUUCAUUUGUUUCAUCAUGUCGUCGAUCACUCGUUAUCAAUUGAAAAUAUUCAACAAUUUUUAAAAGACAAAGCAUUUAUAGAAAUAUGUCAGUUUUACGAAGAACGAUUCGGUGAAAAGUAUUGUCAACUAUCAUCGAAUAAUAACUAUUGCAAUACAAUAUCUGAUAAAAAUAAUUUAUUAAAUUACUCUCAAGCUUCUUAUUCCUAUUGGAAUCAAACAUUUUUCGAAUUUUCAUCUAAUCCAUCAACACAUUAUGAAAAUCCUUUUUCAUUUUCUGCAGCUGAAAUUAUUUUUGAUGGUUGUUGGCUCGAUUUGUGUAAAAGAUUUAUAUGUAAUUCACUACAAAGAAGUGGUGUUCAUUACAACAAUGAGAUCUUUACCUUUGAUAUUGAUCUUGGAACUGAUGCUAUGAAACUUUAA